CAAAAGUUUGCAGCCCCGGCUAAACUUCCAGUUCCCCUCUCUACGGACGAGUGCUCUUUUCCAGCUUACCCACGCAGAGGCCCCAUUUUCCAGAAUGGAGUGCCGGWUGGUUUUAGCGAUUUUAGUCGUUUGCCUCAUCUCUUAUGGCCUUUCGGAUGUGCAGCUCAGUAGUAAUGUUAUUCUCGAGCCGUAUGAUCUGCUGUUCGACACAGCGGUAGAAGCGUACUACAAGGGUGACUGGAUGACGGUCAUCCUGAACAUGGAGAGGGCGCUUCGGAACAAGGCUGCGAUACGCAGGGUGAAGGCGCAUUGCCGGAUAACUUGUGCAAACCAGAGCGCUUUCGGAGAGCCUUUAUCCAGCAUAGUUGUGACAAUACCAGGUGCUGGCUCUGUGGAGGAUCUUGGUUUUUUUCAAAAAAUUAUGAAAAGGGCUGAUUGUGUAAAUACCUGCGAAAGUGAUAAAAUUGGACCACCAACUAUCCAUAAAAUCACUGAAGAUGUGGACCUCGAGUUUAAGAAGAGAACCCCUUACAAUUAUCUGCAAGUCGCAUACUUCAAGAUCAAUAAGCUGGAUAAGGCUGUGGCAGCGGCCAACACGUUUUUCCUGGCCAACCCAGACCACAUUGAGAUGAGGCAGAACCUGGACUACUACAGGAUGAUGUCCGGAGUACAGGAGGAAGACUUUAAAGACCUGGAGGCCUGGCCGCACAUGGCAGAGUUCCUUGCAGGGAAGCGGUACUACAGCUCAGACUCGUUCGGUCUGGCCAUCGACCACUUUGAGGCAGCGGUGGAAGAGUACUUCAGCGCAGACCAGGAGUGCCGGGCGCUCUGCGAAGGAGCUUACGACUACGACGGAUACAACUACAUGGAGUACAGUGCUGACCUCUUCCAGUCCAUGACAGACCACUACAUGCAGAUUAUGAACUGUAAGCAGAGCUGUUCUGUGGAGCUAGCCUCCACCGCAGGAAAGGACAAGCCAUUUGAGGAUUUCCUCCCUUCCCACUUCAACUACCUACAGUUCUCCUACUACAACACUCCUGCUCUGUCUUUCUGUGGUCUUGGCUGUGGGUGGUCGUGUCGUAGUCUGGAGUGGGACAUGAAGCCUGUCACUGCCAUGAUCUGCCGGAUCUCGCAGGUGUUGGGCUGUGUGUUACUUUGCGCAUGCUUUGUGCAUUGUGUGGUGUUGAUGCUGUGUGUGUUUGUCUGUCAGGCGGCUGCGCUGAAAGGUGAUGGGUACCGAGGCCUUCCCUCCCCACACUCCCCCAGCGAGAGCUUCCAAGGAAUCACAGUCCUCAAGGCUAUUAAGUUUGGACAGGAGGGAACUGUGCCCCUGAAGAGUGCCCGUCUGUUUUUCGACAUGAGUGAGAAGGUGCGUAGGGUCCUCGAGUCGUACUUCCGUCUGGACUCUCCUCUCUACUUCUCCUACUCUCACCUGGUCUGCCGCUCCGCCAUCGACGAGAAGCAGGAUGACCGUGACGACCYGAGUCACCCGGUUCAUGCAGACAACUGCCUUCUGGUCUCUGAGCUCAACAAGUGCAUCAAAGAACCACCCGCAUACACACACAGAGACUACAGCGCCAUCCUCUAUCUAAAUGAUGACUUUGAAGGAGGAGAUUUCAUUUUCACUGAACUGGAUGCCAAAACUGUCACAGCGGAGGUGCGUCCUCAGUGUGGUCGUGUGGUUGGUUUUGGGGCAGGGGAGGAGAAUCCUCAUGGCGUGAGAGCGGUCACUAAGGGCCAGAGGUGUGCUGUGGCCCUGUGGUUCACCCUUGACCCCAAACACGAGGAGAAGGAGCGGAUCCAAGCUCAAGAGAUGCUGAAGAUGUUCUCCACUCCUACGGACGCAGAGUUCACAGAGACAAAGACAGAGAGCUCAGAGCCACAGCUCACACUUCCUGACCAGGCUGCGCUUCUUGGUCAAGCUGCACCCCCAGUACAGGAGCAGGCUGACAAACCAGCAGAGAAGAAGCCUGAGGAACCAGCAGAAACAGUAAUAGAAAAUCCAGCUGAUAACCCAGAAGAUAAAAAGGAUGAGAAGCCGACAGCCAAUCAGGCAGAAAAACAAAUUGCCAAAGAGGGUGAAAAACCCAAGUUGAAAGAGGCAGUCAAAACGAAAGCCAAAGCAGACGACGCAUCAAAGGCCAAAGCGACGACUAAAACAGUGACUAAAGCAGGGGACAAAGCCAAGGCUAAACRAGCAGCAAAAACAAACGUCAAACAUGCAGCAAGCAAAACAAAACCUAAAGCAACAGACAAAAAAGAGCAGAAGCCAGCUACAAAGAAGGCAGAGAAAGCCCCUGUCAAAAAGGUUUCCAAGGACUCUAAAACUGACCCCAAAUCAGCCUCGGACUCACAGACAGACAAGGAUGAGCUGUGAGACCAACAGCACCUGUGACUCUUACUCUGUGGUGUCUCUAUUUUUCUACCGUUUGAAUAUAUUUGUUAAGGUUUUCUCUGUGGGUGUGCUGGAUAAAGAUAUGUAGUUGUUGAUGGUUAUUGUUUGGAUGUUGUUUGUCUGCCCAGUAGCGUGGUAAAUUAACCUGUGUUGUAAUGUAAACCAUACCAUAAUACCAAGGGACUGCAAACUCACUCCGAUGGCUGAUAUCAACUAACCAAUCAAUCAAAUCAAUGAAUCAACCAAUCAAAUUGGAUUUGUAUAGUGCAUUUCACAAAUGCAUUUGUCACAAAGUGCUAAAUAGUAACCACAUUUAAAUUCAUAUCCCAGACUCAUGUGAACAUACUGUGUUGUUUUUAUAGUGUUACUUUUGUGUAUGAUUUGGAAUUCUCUGUGCUAUUUUGUACUGAUUUUAAAUGAACUGUUCUUUGCCUCAGGAAUGGAAAGAUAUAAAAAGAGAUUUAAAAAAACAGGAAAGAACAACAUGAACAAAUUAAAUGUGUCUGAGUAGGGACUGAAACUUGGAUUCAUGUGGAUACAUUAAAUAAAGUCAUGUUUUCAUACUGAACAAAAAUAUGAACGCAACAUGUAAA